CGGUGUUGGUACGAGUUGACACACACGUAUUGAGACUAGUAUGCAGGAAAAGCUAACAUAGUGACGUGGUUUCACAUAUAGAUAUGGGUUUAUGAAGUUAACCUAAGUGUUCGACUGACCUGAAUGUAAGACGCUACUUAUGGAUACAGUACAACAAAAACUAGCUUUUGCAACAAAAAAUUUUACAACCAAACUAAAAUUGGUUGUGAAAAGGGUAGUAUAUACAACCAAUUACAUUUUGGUAGCUAAAAUAUUAAAAAUUUGGUUGUCUAUUAAAGUCAAAGUAUUGAUAACCAAAUAAAAUUUGAAAAGACCAAGUAAUUUGGUAGCAAAAUAAUUUUUACUUUUUCCAACCAAAUAAUUUUGGUAGCAAAAUAAUUUUUAGUUUUUCCAACCAAAUAAUUUGGUAGCAUAUUGAUUUUUACUUUCUCCAACCAAAUAUUAUUGGUUAUGAAUUUAAGCAAGAAAUUUGAAAAUCUUAGGUAACUAAAUAAUUUGGUUGCAAAUCCAAUAAAAAAUCCAGCAACUAAAUUAUUUGGUUGUCAAUUUGUUAUAUAGGUACUAUAUCUGAUAUUAUUAAAACUUAGUGGCUGUAAUAGUAAUUAUGAAAAACAAGUGUUGUCGUUCAUUAGCUGCCAUUCAAGUGGUCGACCGGUCGGGUAAGAGACGAGGUUUUCGACUUGUCUUUCAUUAUUUGAUUCCAUCCGAGUUCUCCUCCUCUUCUUCUUCUUCCAUCUCCUCAUGUCGAUUCCAUUAGAUUUCUCCUCCUCCUCUUCUCGAUUUCAGUUCUGACUCCAGCUUCUCCUCUUCUCCCGUCUCCUCUUAAUCUGAUUCCCUAUUUUGUUUCUUUGAGGUUCGGCUACUCCAGUCUGCAGAGGAAUCACGAUUUUGAAAGCAAAUAAAGAGCUCAUCGGCUUCGUUCGAUAAUUCCUCCCUCUCUGUCGAUUCUCAUAAGGUAACAUAUCCUAGCCUAUUUCUGAUUUCUAUCUAAGCUUAACUAGUUUGAAAUUCGGUUGAAUCCUAUUUGGUCUUGGUUUCUUGGUAAAACUGGAAACGAGAUCACUUAUUCUUUUUGUAAUCAUUUUCUGAACUUAUAUAUUUUUUAUAAUUAUUUAAUAUAUUUUUUAAUUUUAAUAAAUUUGUGAAGAAAAAUUUUUAGGGCUCAUUUUAAAUUUUCGAACCGCGCCUUGGAAUAUCAUGGGACGGCCCUGCUAGUAAUUCCGUACCACUUGUAUUCAAUUUUCAAAAUUCCCUUUCAAGUCUUAUCUCUUGUAUUUGAUUCUUUAUCUAUUCUGACUUUGAGUUGAGCAACUUAUGAUUAGACCUCUAUUGAGACGCGGGAUUGAUUAGAAAUAGAAAUGGCAUUCAACUUCUCUAGAUCAUCAAACACAAGAAUUGCCAGUUACUCAAGAUAGGGGUGGACCCAGGUGACUUUGGAGUGUCUCGAGACACCUCUAAAUUUUGAAAAAAUGAUUAUCCAACUUCCGGUGUGAUAAUUUAUGUAUAGAUAAAAAAAAUUAUAAUUAAUAGUCCGGAACACUAUGAAAUUUGAAGAAAACAAUUAUCUUAAUCUCUUUUGUAGUUUGCGUAUGGGAAUAUAAAUGGUAGUUUGGGUAAUUUAAACUUGUGACACUACUAUUAUUAAUAAAUAUAAUUUUCAUUAGGCUACAACUUUUUUGUUGUUCUAUUCUAAACAUUAUGUAACAGCAAAUCAUUAUUCUCUAUCUUUAAUUAUUUUCAAAAUCUUACAAUUAAUCUAAUCACAAGCUACCCUUAAUAUGUAUUGAAUUUAUGGUUUUACGGCAAGUGUUGAAAGUGUUUUUCAACUUUGAGUUACAUCAAGACCAAAUUUAGAAGUCGAAUAUCCGUAAGUUCGUGAAUGAUUGUCUAGUAGGAUAUACCGAGACAAAAUUGUUGAGUAGUGUAUACACCAAGUGUAUUUUACAAUUUUUUCAUAAUAUGAAAAUAAAUUAUGGACUUUUUUUAACUUGUAGGAGUUGGGUAUUUUUUUAUUUAAGAAUUAUUUAGUUAUUAUUAUUAUUUUUUAUUUUACUUUAUUUUUUGAAAGAGGACACCCUUAUGUAAUUCUUGGGUCUGCCACUGACUCAAGAGAGAAAUAUCUAGUAAUCAAGUAGUAUAUCAAUUCUGGGGAGAUUACAUCUCGAGUCUAUAUUGUGUAAUCGUUACUGGAUGUGUUAAGACCGACUGAAUAACUUUGCUUAUUGAAUUAUAAUUUAGCCUAAAAUUUUAGGAAUUCUCGUAAAGAAACUUAUCGUUUGAAGGUUGGGAUUGUCCAAAUUAAUGUAUUUAAUCUAUUUGUGUAAUGUGAUUUGAUGUAUUGAUGAAGUGUAUGAAUUUGAAAAAUACCUUGUUUGGUGGUUUAGAUUGUGUUAAGCUAUAAAUAAAAAAGUAGAGGGUAGACAAUUCAUUGUUCACAAUCUCACCUUUUGGUAGAGAUUGAUAAUCACUCAUUUUGAAUGAUUGUAGGUAGGGCUGGAAGUUUGGUACCGAUAUUUGGGAUAACCGAAUACCGUACCGAAUUUGUCUAUAUUUGGUAUUACCGAAUACACGUAUUAUUUUGUGGGAUUGGGAUUGAAUUUUAAUUGUUAUUCGGUAUUAGGGAUUACGGGAUUAGGAUCGGUAUAUACCGAAAUACCGAUCAAUACCGAAAUAUAAGCUAGUGUGUAUUUUAUCCUCUCAACUAGACUCUCUCAUUCAAUACUACGCGACCCUCAACCACCAAAAGUGUCAUUUAAUUAUACAUAGAUCAUUACAUCACUAUUUCACACUAGUAUUAGUCGUCUCUCAACCUCAAAUUCGUCAAAUUAAAGAUUACCAAUUACAAGAACUUGAGAUGUUAGUUCUAGGCAACUCAAGACUAUUUACUUAGUCUCUUUGCCCUAAAUUAAACAAUAAAAUCUAAUUUAUAUAUUUAAUUAUUAAUUGCAAAGGUAAUUAAUUAUGUAUUCGAUAAUACCGAUUGGGAUACCGAUGUACCGAUUGGGAUACCGAAAUUAUUUAGGGAUCGGGAUCGGGAUUGGGAUUGGGAUUGGGAUUGGGAUACCGAAAUUAUUUAGGGAUUGGGAUUGGUUUUAGGGUGUAAUUCGAUAUUCGGGAUUUCGGUAUUUGGUAUUGGGAUACCGAUAACGUACCGACUUUGCCAUUCACUCAAGAGAGAAAUAUCUAGUAAUCAAGUAGUAUAUCAAUUCUGGGGAGAUUACAUCUGGAGUCUAUAUUGUGUAAUCUUCAUUCGUUACUGGAUGUGUUAAGACCGACUGAAUAACUUUGCUUAUUGAAUUAAAAUUUUGCCUAAAAUUUUAGGAAUUCUCGUAAAGAAACUUAUCGUUUGAAGGUUGCGAUUGUCCAAAUUAAUGUAUUUAAUCCAUUUGUGUAUUUUGAUUUAAUAUAUUGAUGAAAUGUAUGAAUUUGAAUAAUACCUUGUUUGGUGGUUUAGAUUGUGUUAAGCUAUAAAUAAAAAAGUAGAGGAUAGACAAUUCAUUGUUCACAAUCUCACCUUUUGGUAGAGAUUGAUAAUCACUCAUUUUGAAUGAUUGUAGGUGGCCCAGAAAAAGGUAAUGCAUGUAUUCUCUGUCACAAAUUUAACCAAAAAAUACUUAAUCUUAAUCAUCUAAAUACAUUACUUCAAAUCCCAACCAAAAAACAACGAAUUAAUCUUAAUAUAACCUGUAUUGACUUAAUCUAAUUAAUCGCUCCUACCUGAAAGAACUUUUCAAGUUGCCUUUCUUGCUUUUCUAUUUACCUUGAAGUGCUUUGUCUCUUUUGUUUUCAACUGUUUGAAUCAACUGACUGAAUAAUUAAUUAAGAGAAGAUGAUUAAGAAGAGAUACAGAAAAAGGUAAUGCAUGUAUUCUCUGUCACAAAUUUAACCCAAAAAAACUUAAUCUUAAUUAUCUAAAUACAUUACUUCAAAUCCCAACCUAAAAAAACAACGAAUUAAUCUUAAUAUAACCUGUAUUGACUUAAUCUAAUUAAUCGCUCCUACCUGAAAAAACUUUUCAAGUUGCCUUUCUUGCUUUUCUAUUUACCUUGAAAUGCUUUGUCUCUUUUGUUUUCAACUGUUUGAAUCAACUAACUGAAUAAUUAAUUAAGAGAAGAUUAAGAAGAGAUACAGUCGAAAAGCCAACACAUGGCGUAUUGUGGUUGUAACUCGAGAAAAGUUAUAGCCACCCGAUGGCUUGACUCAAUCACGUAAACGAAAAAUUAUGAUAAAAAUUCCAAACAAAGUUAAGGUAGGCAUCACUUUAGUGUAUGCAUUAAUUCGAGUUAAUAGAAAGUUACAAACAGCUUAGCACUUGCGAGUAUUAUAUUACAUAACGUGGAUAAUGCUUAGUCCACAAUACUGACAAAAACGGUUUUGCUACUGGUUGACCUUUAUCACAUUAGUGCUCAAAAGUCAAACUAGACAAGUUUGAAGUUACUUCCUUUUUUUUACAUGAAUGGCCGGUUAGUUGUUCCCCUAAUCACCUUUUGCUCUUAUCUAUUGGCAAGACACAAAUUGAGGGGUUAACAAAUUUAAACUUCUAGGAUCUUGAGUCAUGAUAGUUAGUAGGGGUGGAGUACGGUCGGUUUCGGUUUAACCGAAAACUCGGUUAUCGGUUAGCCAAAACACGACCAAAAGGCCACCGACAACCGACUAAAGAGAAGCUCGACCAACCGACCAGUAAGUUUCCAAUUUUUGACUCAGUUAGGUGAGCGACCGAAAAUUCCAGAUGAGUCUGAAACCAAAGAAAGCAAAACCCAUCAUUCUUCGACCUCUUCUUUUUACAUAUAAGUCUGAAAAUUCCAAAGAAAGCAAAACCCAGAAAACGACAUCCUCCCAAAAGCUCCAUCCAACGGAUCAUACCCCAUCCCUAGAAUCCCAAAGUCAAGCCCAAUCCAGAUCCCCAAUUGCAGAACCCCAAUCCCAAUCUCACCGACGAUAUUUAAUUAAGAACUCGAGCUCGAAACUCCGACGUACUCGUACAUCCGGCGUACCUCCGACAUCUUCGCCAAUGCGAUCCGUCCUCCCUACUUCAACCUCCUUUUUCCACAACUCCAAUAGCGCUCAACGACCUCAUGUGGAGUUUAAUCGUCGCCGACUCGAUUUCGUCUCCCGAUUCAAAAGGCUUUCUGGAUUUUGUUGCUCUGUUCUCGCCUUCUCUGUUCAGAGGCUUCUCGGUGCCUUGUUGGCUUCUCGCAGGAAGACGAGGCGGAGGCCGAAGCGGGCGACAGUAGGGCUGUUAAUGAACCAGGCCGCUCAUGAAAGGUUCGACGUCAGACUCAAGAAAAGCUCGUUCGAGACUUGAUUCUUCUUAAUCGAGCCGACUUGCGAACAAGCUCGUUAACUAAACGAGUUGAACUCGAGCAAUACCAUGUUCAGCUCGAAAGCUCGCAAACAAGCUCAUUUAACGGUUUGGCAUUAGAAAGGAUUGAAAUUCAUAGAUUUUAUGUAUUGAAAUUUGGAUAAAUAUUGUGUUUUCUUUUGCUAGACUUUGCUGCAGAUUUGAAUGUGAUUUUGUGCUCAGUUCUAACUCAAUUUUGAGCUAUAAUGAACAUUUUAUGUGUUAAACUCGAUUUUGGGCUCGUUAAGCUUAUUUGGUGAGUCGGGCUCAAUUCAAGCUCAAACUUUCAUUUUCAUAAACGAGGCGAGAUCAAGCUUGCAUAUUAAAGCUAAUGACGAACUCGAGCCAAGCGCGAUUCCGGAAAUAUAUUAACGGGCCGAGCGCGAGUCCGGAAUUAUAUUAACGAGCCAAGCCCGAGCUAUGGAAAAGUUCGGCUCGACGCAUUAACAAACCAAGGCAACAGAGGUCGGGAUGUAGAGAUCGGGGACGGAGGCGGGGGAUGAAGGCGGAGGACGGGAGCGGCCGAGCGGUGGGGGAGGCUGGGAGAAGGGACGAAGUCGACGAACGCUGGAAGAAGGGACUAGGGUUUUUAGUUUGGGGGAUCAGAGAGUGCCACUAUUUUGGGGGAUGGGAGAGCGCCGGUAGUUAGCCUCUGUUAGUUACUCGGCUAACCAACGCUUCUCCUUUCACUCCCGACAACUGACUAAUGUCCUAGGAAAAUUGGUUACCGGUUAUCCGAUAAGCAGCGGUUAUCGAUUAUAACUGCGGUCAUUGGAGAAUCGGUAACUGAUUUGCCAUCCCUAAUAGUUAGGGAGGGACUUCAACAGUGAAUGCACCCAUUAAAUAUUUUGGAUAACGAUUUAUAAACGCCUACGCCGUCCAAUCAUUUUCAAAGAAUAUGAAAACAAGGGUGUUUGAUGAGAAUGCAAUCUAAGUGAUAGCACCAUUUUUGCACAUUUUCACCCUUGUUUCUUUACUAUUUUGGCUCGACUUUGUGGUGCCUUGGCCUAUUUUACGCUAGGUUGUGUUAUUUUAUCAUAUUUCAGGUCCUAGUGAGUAUAGUGAGGCAUAGUUACAAGUUUCGAGUCAAUCGAAGGUCGGUUGGUCACUCAAAAGCCUCUCAAAAGUGGAUCUGAGAAAGAAACACGGUCAACCUUCCCUAAAAGCACAGUCGUGCUUCACUUAGCAGCCUGCCAGUGCUUUUUAUGCCGAGCCUGGUGACGAUCCUGGAGCUAAACACAGGUGGGAUUCCACAAGAACACGACCGUGUUUUUCCAACACCUCGACCGUGCUUUUAAGUGCGAGCGUGGCUUGUGAAGACAGUCGAAGGGAUGCAAAGCACAGUUGCAUUUCUUAAAGCACCGCCGGUGUUUUACUAAAAUACGGUCGUGUAAUUGUCCGCCCGUGCUUUACCUUGUAUCGGGUUAAACUGAUAGAUUUGAGCCAAGGGAGAGGGAUUCGACUUUUUGGAGAAAAAAACAGAGUUCUAGAGAGAGAAAGUGACGAAGAACAAACCCUAAGAGCUAUUUGGAAUGGAUUUCUCACCAUUGAAGCCCAGAUUGCGUCUCCGAGAGUGAAGAUUGACAUUCCAGAGCAGAUUAUUCCCAUCUUUAUGAGUAUGAUUACUUUGAUUUCUGUUUUCCUCUCUCUCUCUCUCUCUCUCUGUCUCUAUGGAGUAAACCUCUCUCUCACUUGGGUAUGAAGAACCCUAGUUCCAUGUGGUAGGAAUCUUUCAUGUAAUGACUUUUGGGAUGUUAUAUUGGAUGAUUUUAAUCGAUUGAGGCAUAUUUAUUGAGUGAAUUGAAUCAUGAUAAAGUUUUCUUGACUUCUGCUUUAGGUUAUAAGAGCUUCUUUAAUUGAUAGUAGUGAAUUGAUUGUACGUGAGUCAGUCAAUUCACUGCUUUGUACUGGAGUUCGUUCCAAGUAGAGACGAUCUGUGUGAAUCGCCUUAACAGUCUAUAUCGGUGAAGGCUAUUCGCCUGUCGGGUAUUCUGUCGAGAGAGAUCGGUUAGUAUAAGAGAUUUCAAGCUAUUUUCGGAUCUUCCGCAGUCUAAUCGAGAGUAAAACAACCAAAGGGAAUUACAACUUGAACCUAACUGAGGAGCUAGGGGGGCUCAAUUCCGAGUGACUCUUCUCUUGUUUAAGUAACCGAACAACUUGCUGAUUUCUUUCUGUUUUAGUUUAAAUUCACCUACACUCAACCUUUCCCGCUAGAUAAUAGAUAAGCACGGAGUAGGAAGUACAUCUAUACCCUUGGUUGACUUUUAUUACUUGUCCCACUAUAUUACUUUCCUUCUGGCGAGUUGGAGAUGAUCUUGUUGUGGCCUAGUGAGUUGGGGUUGAGAUUCACUUGGCUUGAGGUGUUUUCUCGUGGCCUACCUUACUUCGCUGAGUCUAAAUCACACUGACAAGCCCAAGUCUCGAAGCCUCCUUAGAUAUGCCACCCCGCCUUGAUGAGAGCCUCACUGCUGAGGCUACAUGGAUAGCCUAACUUACUAAGGCUCCACACUAAGUUUUUAAGUACUAUGCUUCAUGGUUGGCAACCUCACCUGCCAAUGCUCCAUGCAAUCUUAGAUGACUAGGUGUUGUUAUGACAUAAAAUUUGUUUUCUGUCAUCGACUAAAAGUCAAGAGGUUUCGCUACGAAUCCAAAAAGAUGCAUAUAUAAUCCUUCUCACCCCUUUGUAAUUUAUAACUCCUAAUGAAACUAAUCUCUCAUGUCAUUGGAUGAGCUAACACACAUUGAUCUUGCUUUGUUGAUUACCCAUUCCUCAUGACACUAGGUGACACUAGGGGCUCGUUUGCGUCGUGGAUUUGAAAAAUGAAGGUUUUGGUAUAACGUGGGUUUUGAAAAACCAUGGAUAUAUGAGGGUUUUAGGUUCAUUAUGGAUUUGAUAAACACCAUUGUUUGUUUGAUGGAUUUCAUGAUGUUUUUUGUUAAUUAAAUUUGUAUGUAUGAAGUGUAAUUUACCUUUAUUUCCCUCAAUGAUACAAGAAGAGAAAGCAAAUACGAAGGGUAGGUUGGUAAAAAAUGAUAGACUUCAAAGUCAUAAUCAAUUCCCACCUAAAUAGGUGGAACAUUCAAAUUCGUGGGGUCCACAGAUUUGGUCCCUUAAAGUUUGUGGGACCCACAUAUUUGUUUCCUCUAAAUGCAUGAAGCAAACAAUAGAGAUUUUGGACAAAGUCUAUGAUGGAUCUUAAUCCCUCACCAAAUCCAUCAAGCAAACAAGCCCUAGGUUCCAUGGUAUCCUCACCUUCCAAGACUCAAUGCUUAAGCCCUAUUUACUUUUAUUUUUAUUUUCUGUGAUUUUGGCAACAUAAAAUGGAACCCGAUGA